UAUUUUGAAGCCACUUUAAGUUUGGACUUCGCUCUGUAAGCUGGUACAUCGCUAUUGUAAUUUUUAAUUAUUGAAAUUUUAAUAAUUCAUCAUGAUUCGUCUAACAGUUUACUGCAUUCUCAUCACCUACGUUGUCUCGGUCAAUUGUCAGCCUCUAUCCGAGUCACACCCAUCUCAACUUAAUAAAGUUGACGAAGUGCCUUUGUGGGAAAAAUAUGAUGGUAAAUUCAUGGAGAAUUUAUUGCACAAAUUAGCAAACUGUGAAUUGGAAAAAAAUGAUGAAGAAUCAGUACAACUCCGUACAGAAUUAGAAGAAUUAUAUACAGACACAUUAAGAGCUCGCGAAUUAGAUAGUUGGAUUCCGGCACAUCUUAAAGCAAUAAGAGAAUCUAGACAGAAAAGAUGUUCAAAAUCAUUCUAAGGUUGUGGACAUGAUACAAAUUAGCCGCAUAUAAGAAGCUAAUUAUGCGGUUAAUUACCUGGUUUCAAUUUAUCAAUGCAUUUGGAAAUGAUUUGUAUCUUAUUUUUUAAUUGAAUUAAUUGAUAAAUUUAUGGGUUACCAUUAAUAAUGUUUCGAAAAUAAA